CUAUUUUGUCUUUGGAUCGGCCAUAUUUCUUCCGAUGCGACAGAUCCGCCUCGAAUCCCUCCUCUAGGCCCCCGUUUACGCAUUUAUAAGAAUCACACUUGAGUCUUGAUUAUUACUGGUCAUUUGCCGCUUUUGAUGUUAUUAUUUUAAUCAGUUUGAUCAUCAACGAGUGGGGAUUCGGGGUGUCUGGCUAGCUGAAGUUGACAUAAGAAGAUAAAGUAUUUUCUUCUUGAUUGUUCAUAUUAGAAGCCACAGUUUGUGUUUCUUUCGAGGAACCGUAUCUGAUUGUUUAAUUCGAUGCUCCUUGUGAUGAAUGGGGAUCGACAGAGUUCGCGUAUUGGCUUUUGUAAAGAAAAGAAUAUUCAGUUGCAAUUCAUAGAUGAAAAUUGCAAUUAAUAAUGAAAUAAAUGAGCCUGAAGUUUCACAAUGUAAACAUAAUAGAUAUUGAAUCUAUGAUUCAGUAAGAGUUUCAUUAAUGAAGAUGCUAUUUAUGGGGUAAACUCUGGAUAACUAUUGAGCUGCAUAAAUAUUAUCGUGUACUUAUAGACAAUGGUAAACAGGAAGCUCCAUUUUAAUGAUAGACUUAUGACACAGAUAAGUAGAUAAAGUAUCUGAGUGUAGGGAAGUGGUCACCUGAGUUGUGUUAUUAGGAUACACUUUCAUUCACAACCAAUUACGGGUAAUCAUGAUCAGUAAUUUCAAAGGAAAUCAAAAUUCGAAUUUGGAAGUAAUAAUUAUACAGAUGGACCUGAAGUUAAAAGUGUUAGAUAUUGUAUCUGUAGUCAGUAAGGAUUUCAUUAUUGAAGAUGCUAUUUAUGGAGUUAUAGUGCAGUUAUCUGGAUAACUAAUGAGCUGCACAAAUAUUAUUGCGUAGCUGUAGACAUAAUACUCAAUUAAAAUGGUAAAGGGAAGCUCCAUUUUUGUUACAGAGUUAUAGUGCAGUUAGAGCAGUAGAUGAGCUUUCUAAUUUGGGUAAGUGGACGCCUGAAUUGUGUUAUUAGGAUAUACUUCCAUUCACGAUCAAUUAUGGGUAAUCUUGAUUAGUAACCUUAAACUAGGAAUCAAUUUUAAACAAGGAAUGAAUCUUGAUUAGUAACUUUAACCUACAUGUUGUCAUUAAUAUUUUUGUCUGAAUUGUUUGUAUUUACUCUUGCUGAUAUGGCUUGGACCUAAUAUUUGAUGAUCAAUGUUUAUUUCAUUAUCGCUAGCCAGUUCUUAGUGCUUACGAGGUUUGGUUUCCUCUCUACGAUUAUAGAAAAUCAUUUUUUUUCAUGGUGCCUCAUCAACUUGAUCUCUACAGUUUGGUGAUAUCAUAUUAGUAAUCACCUUAAAAGAUAGAAUCAUGAGCUCACUUCAAAGAAAUCAUUCAGACAAGGCUCGACAUCUCAGGCAUUCAACUGAGGGUUUUAGGUGCUUUAGCGAGAUCUGUUAUCAGAAUUUGACAGGACGCUCAGUGGGUUCAAAAGAGAUGCUUCCAUCCCUUUGUGACGAGCAGAAAACUGGCGCCUUACCUUUGCCGGAUGCAUUUCUUCAUUUUCUAGAGGCGAAUGGGCUGGACCCGUCCAUUUAUACCAAGGCGGAGACUGUUCCGCGCUACAUAAGGGUAAAACCAGGAUUUGAGUCCCAGCUUUUGGAGAUAGAAGAUGAGCUCAAUUGUAAGCUUGAGAAAAUCACAUGGCUCCCAGAUUUCUUUGCCAUCCCACCUCAGAUUCAAAUUGCUGGCUCCGAGGCAUACCAAGAGGGAAAGAUCUAUGGGAUGGAUGCAGCCUCUGGAGCUGCCGUUUCAGCUUUGAAUAUCUUACCAGGAGAUCAUGUUCUUGAUCUGUGUGCAGCGCCAGGUGCAAAGCUUUGCAUGCUGGCAGAACUUCUUGGUUACUCUGGUUCGCUGACUGGUGUUGACAUUGCUAGACAACGUCUGGCUGCUUGUCGUACAAUGUUGCAGAAAUAUUCCUUAGGAGAUCGUUGCCGACUCUUUGUUGCUGAUGGAACAUCAUUUUCUCUUUUACCAUUGAAGUCUUAUCCUGAAACAAGACAAUUUGGACAUGAUGGUAACUCCAUAGGGAUGUCUAGCAAGAACAGCCCUGAUAUCUUUGCCGAGUGGACUGGCAAGAGAUCAUGGAGAGAGAGAAAGAAAACUAUUAAGGCUGGAAAUACUGCUGCUUCAAAUCAAAUUCAAUCAACACCAGAACUGAUUUUCUAUGGUAGACAUUCUGGCGUGAUUGGAUUACGUAGAACUGAGUUAUUUCACACAGUAGAAGUGCCAUCAACUUCUGGCUAUGACAAGGUUCUUGUGGAUGCAGAGUGCACACAUGAUGGAUCCUUAAAACACAUUCAAAAGUUUGAGAAUUGGGGAUGGGAAACAUUAGAACGUCGUGUACUUGAUGUGAAAAGAAUGGACUCCCUGCACCACCUUCAGCUACAAUUACUGACAAAUGGUUUCAGAUUACUAAGAGUUGGUGGAACAUUGGUCUACAGCACCUGCAGUUUAACAGUUGCCCAAAAUGAGGACGUGGUGAAGCAAUUCCUAUUGCGAAAUUCUUCAGCUGAGCUGCAACAUGUUGAAGCCGCCACCGACUGGCCCUGUAGAAGUGGAGGAAUUCCAGGAACUUUGCGCUUCGACCCUAAGACAUCCCAAACUAGUGGGCUUUUUAUUGCAAAGUUCACUCGGUUGGCAAGUUAAUUAAGGUUCUCAUAAUGUUACCCAGAGUUACUCAUGAGGUAUCACUCUGUUUUGGCUAAAGUUAAACUGCUGGCUUCUCCAGAUUCCAAGUGAAUGCUCUCAACUGCUUGGAGUUAAACUGAAUUAGAGCCAUCUGUUCUUCAGUUGCAAAGCAGAGAUUGUUAUUUUAGUUUAUUUAUUUUUUUCGAGAAAUUUUUUCCAUCUUGUGUAGCAGAUGUACCCCGAUUUACUCAAUUCACUAAAUCAUUUUGAAUA